CCCUACCAACCAACACCAACCCCAAGAGAUCAAUGACCUGUUUCUCGCGCAUACAUGGCACUUUCGGAAGGAGCUCACUGGCACAAUUUGAAGGAGCUUGGAAUUACAGUUCCUUGGCUAUGCAGGUGUGGUAUUCAUUGCAUCGUGCCGCACGCCGCCAUUGAGGUCACUGUUGUACAAGCUUCCACGCCCAGACCUCGCAGCCGCCACGCCGCCACGACACACCAUGAGCACGCACGACAAUGCUCCCAAUCGGCACCGGGAUCAGAUUCGCUUUGCAUACAUCGAAGAUGCGGAGCCUCCUGAUCGAUAUUGCCUCGGAGGAUACCAUCCGCUUGACGUUGGCGAUGUACUGCGUGAUCGAUACCAUAUUGUGCAUAAACUCGGUUUUGGCUCCUACUCCACAACAUGGCUCGCAAAGGACAUUUCUCAGGGUGACAAAUAUGUCGCUAUCAAGAUCAUGACGGCCGACAGCAGUGCAGCUUCUCAAGAAGCAAAAAUUCUACGUCAUCUAACCAAAAAGAUCUCCCUUGAUGCCCACGGGAAAGGCACGUUGGAAGGUGUUGAUAACACGGCCAUGCCUUCAAUCUGGGAUGGAUUUACCAUAUACGGCCCCAAUGGUGCACACAGCUGUAUCGUAACGACUCCUGCAAGAAUGACCGUGGCUGAAGCGCAAGACGCUUCGUAUACCCGUCUCUUCCAACCCCGUGUGGCCCGCGCCAUCGCUGCGCAGCUCAUACGAGGUGUGGCUUUUAUGCAUAAGAAAGGGCUUGUCCAUGCCGAUCUACACCUAGGAAACGUUCUCUUCAAACUCGCCGAGAAUUCGAAAAGUCUCCCAUUGGACAAGCUAUAUGAGAAGUAUGGUAAGCCUGAACUAGAACCAGUUCGGAUACUUGGAAAUGAAGGAGACCGGCCGCUUCCUGAGGGUGUUCCAACGUAUAUUGUUGUUCCAGGCUGGUUCGGGGUCAGAAGCGAGGACGUCACACUCAUUGAAGCCUCUAUCCUUGUGACCGAUUUCGGGGAAUCGUUCAUGCCCUCCUCUGAACCAAAAUAUCACUCCAGCACCCCGCGUGUAUUGAGACCGCCAGAAACCAGAUUCCUCCCCGGAGAGCCUCUCUCGUACCCUGCCGACAUAUGGACUCUGGCAUGUUCUAUUUGGACUGUCCUCGGCCAGCGAUCACUUUUUGAAAUCUUUAGCCCGACCGACGAUUACGUCACGAAAGAGCAGGUAGAUGCUCUCGGGAUCCUUCCCCCGACGUGGUGGGAGACAUGGGCGGCACGAGGUGACUACUUUAAUGACCAAGGCGAACCGCUUGACCCCACAAGCAGUCGCAUGACACUGGAAGGUCGAUUUGAGCACUCUAUCCAGGCCCCUAGACGGGCUGUCGGCUUGGAGACGGUCGGAGAGCAGGAGAGGGUCGCUUUGCUGGACAUGUUGAGGGCCAUGUUGGCUUUUAUCCCGGAGGAGAGACCGACUGCUGCCAGCCUUAUGAGCUGCGAUUGGAUGACCAAGUGGGCUCUUCCGGACCUGCGAGAGCUUGAGAGCAUGGAAGUUUGA